UGAGAGGUCACAGCUAAUAUGGCGAAUCUCUAGAGAAGUGUUAUUGUCGUCCUAUAUAGCAGCUGAAUUUUUGCAUAUCGCUAAUUAAUCAUGUUUUACUUUGUAUUAACUAGUAACUUGAGAGCAAAAGGAUUUAUGCCGUUAAGAGACGUGUGCUUUAGGUUUAGUAAAUCAAGACACUACAAUAACAGUGGCUAUGCAGGUAAAUGGACCAAAAACCCUCAUAUUUCUUCAAAUUUUAUAUCUCGGCUCUGGGCCCAAACUCGAAAUGCAAAUCGCCAAGGCAUUCAGCAACGUGCAGUUAUUCUCAAGACUUCUCACAAAAUUGGAGUCGUCACUGCCACAACUUUGCUAUCCAUCUCUGUCAAGCUUAAAGAAAGCAUUGCCCACUGUGAGAUGAAACGUUACAAUAGUCAGAAAAAGGAAUUGAAAGUUCAGCUUUUGGAAAAGGAGCCAGAGUUUAACUGGAAAGUAUUUUGGAUAUUUUUCAACCCUCAGCUUUCUGCAUUUUUAGCUGCUGUUCUUCUUGCUGUUGGUGCUGCCAUCUUGAAUAUCCACAUUCCCUUAAUGCUUGGUGAACUGGUAAAUGUUGUUGCCCAAUUCACUCGGGAGCAUGCUGGGAACUACCUCUGUGAAGUAAAAGGCCCUGCUCUGAGAUUGCUUGGACUUUAUGGGCUUCAGGGCCUUAUGACUUCAGGCUACAUUAUCCUGCUGUCCAGAGUAGGAGAAAGAGUGGCUGCAGAAAUGAGGAAAUCAUUAUUUGUGUCGUUGGUGAGGCAAGACAUAGCAUUCUUUGAUGCAAAUAAAACCGGUCGGAUGGUCAACCGCCUAACAUCAGAUGUUCAAGAAUUUAAGUCUUCUUUUAAGAUGGUUAUAUCUCAGGGAUUGCGCAGCAUCACUCAGACAGCAGGUUGCUUUGUGUCCCUUUAUCUGAUUUCUCCCAAACUGACCACUGUCAUGGUGGUGGUGGUGCCAUGCCUGGUUGCAACAGGUGCCCUAAUUGGAUCAUUUCUGAGGAAACUCUCCCGAAGAGCACAAGAGCAGGUUGCUCGAGCUACUGGAGUUGCUGAUGAAGCCCUUGGUAAUGUCCGUGCAGUGAGAGCCUUUGCUAUGGAAAGCAGAGAAACUGAGCUGUACACCGUUGAAGUUGACAAGUCUUCCAGAAUGAAUGAAAGUCUUGGCAUUGGAAUUGCAGUAUUCCAGGGACUGUCAAACGUUGCCUUAAACUGUAUUGUUCUGGGAACUAUCUAUAUCGGUGGUUCUUUCAUUGCUAACAAUGACCUGUCAGCUGGUGACUUGAUGUCGUUCUAUGUAGCUUCCCAGACAGUCCAGAGGUCCUUGGCCAACAUUUCUAUCCUUUUUGGACAGGUUGUCAGAGGAAUGAGUGCUGGAGCAAGGGUCUUUGAGCACAUGGUGCUGGAGCCUACUAUUCCACUAAAAGGGGGAAUAAGCAUCCCCUUAAACCUGCUGACUGGUCACAUCAAAUUCAGCAACAUUUCCUUCAAUUACCCUACACGCCCCGGUCAUGUUGUACUGAAAGACUUCGAUUUAGUUCUUCCACCAUAUAAGACAGUUGCAAUUGUUGGAGAAUCCGGUGGAGGUAAAUCUACAGUAGCAGCACUACUGGAACGGUUUUAUGAUCCAGACAAUGGUAUAAUUACUCUAGAUGGACAUGAUAUCAAAUCCAUCGAUCCAUCAUGGCUCAGGGGAAAUGCCAUUGGAUUUAUAAGUCAGGAGCCUGUUCUUUUUGGUACUUCUGUCAUGGAGAAUAUUAGAUUUGGUAAACCAGAUGCCACAGACAAAGAAGUUUAUGAAGCAGCCAAGAUGGCAAAUGCCCACCAUUUUAUCACAAACUUUCCAGAUGGCUACAACACUGUUGUUGGUGAACGAGGCGUCACUUUAUCAGGAGGUCAGAAACAGCGCAUUGCAAUUGCCAGAGCACUGAUUAAAAAUCCCAGAAUACUGAUUUUGGAUGAGGCCACCAGUGCUUUGGAUGCAGAAUCAGAACGAGCAGUACAAGAUGCUCUUGAUCGAGCUACAUCAGGCCGUACGGUCCUCAUUAUUGCUCACCGGCUCAGCACAAUACAGAAUGCAGACAUUAUUUGCGUCCUUAGUAAUGGCAACAUUAAAGAGAUGGGUUCUCAUGAAACUCUGCUAAAGAAAGAAGGUUUGUACUCAGAACUUAUUAAGAGACAGAGAACCAACGAACAGAAGUGAUUUUAUUUUCGAUCAACAUUAUGGGACAUGACACCAACAAUAACUUCUUUUUAAAUUUUCCAUUUUACAAAUCUUACCAUGCUUAAUUUAAGUAAUGUUUACCUACAGUGUUUAAAGUUUACUGAAACAUUUAAAUAGGAAAGUAAAUUUUUGUCAGAUAUUUUAUACACAUUGCAAAUUAUCUGAUUGAAGCAGAUUGUCUUAUUUUGUUAGAUAGGUGUCAUGAAUAAAUGGAGCACAUUUGAGCAACAGCAGAUUAUAUCAAAUAUGUAAUUAAUUGUUUCACAUAAUUCAAAUAUCAGGUAUGUUGUGUGCCCACAAUGUCAAAAACAUCUGUAUUUUGGCUAAAACAUUGUUAAAAUAAACCAGUUCUGUAGAAUGCUUUGUAUACGACAGGGAGAGGUAUGUUCAAAUGGCAUUGAGCUUUUGAAUUGAAGACCCACCAUCCUUUGGAGACUAAAUUUUUCUGAGGCUUUAACUGAUUCUAGGACUGCUGAUAAUUUCACUAGUUUCAAAAUUAUUUAGCAGUAUCAAAUAACUCUGCUUCCAAAGGGAGUCUCAACUGAAAGUGGAAUUGUAAAUGUUUUCAUGAACACUGGCACAUUCUCUAGCAGAAAAUAACAAUAAACUUUUUAUAGUAAUUGAUUUUACAAUGCCCAGAUCAUAUUAAGCAUAUUAACCCAAUAUUUGACUGGAAAUCAGUGCAUAUAUGUGUUGAGGGACAGAAUUGUUUUAACACUUGCUUAAUGGAAAUAAAGGAAACAAUAAUGUUUAGUUGUUUCCCUCCUUGUCCCAGUCAAUAUUCAGAUUUUGUUGAAGUAUCAAUAAUAAACAGUCCUUUGAAUUACCAUCUCAUAAUCAGUUAUUUAAUAAAAAAAUGCUUAACCUAUA